ACAACUCGGCCAGGGAAUCUCCUUCCGGUCCUGCGCAGUUGAGCUUUGUUUAUGUCCAGGAGGGCCUUGGAGGCUCAAUGCUGGGGACGAUUUGCAGGAUGUUGGGCUAAUAGUUGGAAGCAGGCAGAUCUUUAGUGUAGAAACUAUUGAGUAAAUGCCUAGCUGUGAAAAUGAACUCAAAUACUCCUUUCAGUGGACAGCAACCUGGAGCUUUCCAGCCGCCACCUGAUGCUGCAUCUGGGAUGUUUACUGUUCAGCCGCCAUUCCAGUUUGGUCAGCCACCUCUUUUUGGGCAAAAUAGUGGAGGGUUGUUAAAGAAUCCUGGAUUUACACACCUGCCUGACUUCACCGUAACUUCAAGAGAUCGUAGUUCUUUGGGGUUUGGGCAGUCUCAUGGAUUUACACAGUCUUACCCUGUUGCACAGACUACAUCCUUUGCAGCUACUGCACCAACCAGCUCUUCUGUUCCUAGCAAGCAGACAUUCAGUUUUAAACCACCUACAACUCUUGAGACUUCUCAGAGUCUUCCUAGCUUUGGGACUACAACUGUAGAAGCAGCAGGAAGUGGUUUUAUGGGACCAGAUUUCAGUUUUAAAACUCCUGAGAAUGCAUUAUUCAAACCUAUCUUUGGCACUGGUUCAGAACAAGAAAAAUCAGCAAACCCAGGAAGCGAAACUCCUUUCACAUUUUCCACUCCAGGUAAUAGUGGAUCUGGAAGACUAGCUCCAUUUGUCAUUUCUCAAGCAAGCAGCAGCAGCUCAGUCAGUACAAGUUUCAGUUUUUCAAAACCAGUAAGCAGUAAUAUUUCAGCUCCUUCAUUCAGUGUUGCUUUACCAAGCAAGGCAAUAGAGGAUGAUAAAAAAAGACCUACAGUCUUUGCAAGCCCCAGUAGUAGUUUUACCUCUUUUUCAAACUCAUCUAUUGGGUCUUUGCCUUUGGGAGAAAAUUUCCAAGUGAGUAAAACAAGCAAGACAGAGCAUGAAGUCGUAGUAGUUCCAAGUGAGCCACUUUCUAUCCUUGGAAAGGGAACAAAGCGGAAAGAAGAACAAGAGCUUUCCCCAAGACGACAUGAGUAUGAUGGUGUGGAUGAGCCAGAACUUUUGUCAAGGAAUGAUAAUUCUUCCAAUAAGCGACCAGUCAGGCUGAAUUGGCCUCCUAAACGAGGUCUGUUUAGCAGGACAUUGCUAGAUGUGUUGAAAAGCAAUAAGAGAGAGCCCAAAAUGGAAAAAGUUUCUGCAGAAUCUGGAGAAAUGGAACAGACAGGUACCGCUGGGGGAAUGCAGACUGGUUUUGCAAUGGCUAGGCCAGCAGCAGCGCUGAGAAAGGAAGAAAGUAAGGUCAACUUUAAGCCGUGUUCUGCCAACCCAAAUCCUUUGCGUCGAAAUCGUAACAGUGGAAGCACAGAGAGCCUUGGAGGGCUGCCUUUGAGUGAACUUACAGUCUUCCAGUGCAAAAAUAUUCCCGACUUUCUAAAUGACAGAACUGUUCUUGAGAAACAUUUUAGGAAGUUUAUUAAAGUCCAACGAGUCCGUACCAACCGAAACAAAAAGCUGGCUAUUGUACACUGCUUUGAUCAUGCAUCUGCUGUUUUAGCUAGAAAGAAAGCAAAAAACCUGCACAAAGAUAUAGUGACAUUUUGGCAUAAGAAAAAACCAAGUCCUAAUAAGAAAGCCUAUCUGUCCAAGGAAGAGAAGGCAGAUGAAAGCAGUGGGAGGCAAAACAGUGACCAGCUGAGUCAUCAGCAUUCUCCACAUGGCAAAACCUUAAUCCAUUCUACUGGUAGUGGAAGCCUGUCAAAUAAGAGUCCUCCAGCUAAGAAAUCUGGCCUUAAAAAGUCUCUGCAAUUUGAGGCAUAUAUUUUCGAUUCUACACCUGAAGGACACAGCACAGAGAAUGUAGAUGUAUUGCCAUCCUCCUUCAGCAGCCUCAUUGGCAUGGUGGCAGAGACCUCUGAGGACAAAUACCGCCUUCUAGACCAGAGAGAUAAAAUCAUGCGGCAAGCUCGAGUAAAACAAAUGGAUCUUGGGAAAGCUAAAACCUUUGUUGGCACAUGCCCAGACAUGUGUCCAGAGAAAGAGCGUUAUAUGAGAGAAACAAGGAACCAGCUUAGUUUCUUUGAAGUGAUUCCAGGAACUGACAAGGUUGACCAUGCUGCAGCAGUAAAAGAAUAUAGCAGGUCUUCAGCAGAUCAGGAAGAACCUUUACCACAUGAACUUAGGCCUUCUGAGGUGUUGAGUAUGACCAUGGACUACUUAGUAAGCCAAAUAAUGGACAAAGGAGAAGGGAGCUACCGGGAGUGGUAUGAUUUUGUGUGGAACAGAACUCGCGGCAUAAGAAAGGAUAUAACCCAGCAACAUCUCUGCUGUCCUCUGACUGUUUCCUUGAUUGAGAAAUGUACCCGUUUUCAUAUUCACUGUUCUCAUCAUUUAUGUGAAGAGCCUAUGUCGUCUUUUGAUGCAAAGAUCAACAAUGAAAACAUGACUAAAUGCCUACAAAGUCUGAAGGAAAUGUAUCAGGACCUUGCAAACAAGGGUGUUUACUGCAAGAGUGAAGCAGAAUUCAGGGGAUAUAAUGUCCUCCUGAACCUCAACAAAGGAGAUAUUCUAAGAGAAGUGCAACAAUUUCGUCCUGAUGUCCGAAACUCUGCUGAAGUUAGAUUUGCAGUUCAAGCCUUUGCUGCAUUAAACAGCAAUAAUUUUGUCAGGUUUUUCAAACUAGUGCAAAAAGCAUCUUACCUGAAUGCAUGCUUGUUGCAUUGCUACUUCAGUCAGAUUCGCAGAGAUGCCCUGAAGUCUCUCAAUAUUGCUUACACUGUGAGCACUCAAAGAUCUACCAUCUUUCCACUAGAUAAUGUGGUUCGCAUGUUACUGUUCAAGGACUUUGAAGAUGCAAUUGAUUUCAUAAGUUAUUAUGGCUUGAGUGUAUCUGAUGGUUUUGUUGAGCUGAAUCGAUCUGCAUUUUUGGAGCCAGAAAGUUUGCCCAAGCCAAAGAAAUCACUGUUUGUUGGACAGAAGCUAACUGUGUCGAUUGGGGAAAUAGUCAACGGGGGACCUCUAAAAUCUGUAACUCGCCAUGUACCUGUGUGUAGCUUUAAUGCACAAAGCAAGUACACAGGGGAGAAUACUGGGGUUGAUUCAACCACCAGUAAUCAGAAAGUCAGUGUUGAUGUUAAAGAACCACGAAUGGAAGGGAACAACAUGGAAUCCGAAAUGGUUCGAUCUCAACUUCCAUCAUUACUCCCACCAGCACCAUUGCCUUCCAUUGUAGCAUCCACAUUCCAGCCUACUGCACAGCCUUUGCCUCCCGCACCAAAACCUCAGCCUGUUUACAGUGACAUGGACAUUGCACAGGUGGUUGAAGAUCUUGUGCAUAAUGUGUUGGAGGUAGAAUGUGGAGAGAUCAGCAGGGCAGGAGCAGCCUAUAUAAACUCAGCAAUAUGGGUCUCUGAUGUUACUGCAGAUGAACUCAUGACAGAGGUGGUGCUGGGAAUGUUGAGGCAAAUUGCAUCUGCUGUAUUUAAUGCAGAAAGAGAGAGAGUUGAAGAGGAAAAACGUCAGGCUGAAGAAGAGAGGCAAAAGCAGGAAAAAGAACAGUUAAUAAAAACAUUGAGUGAGUCAUUGGGUGCAGAUUUGAGUGAUGAGGUCAUAAAAGAAAUGAUGCAAGAAAUUACAGCGAAGGAGUUAAAGUAUGCUGUGGCGAAAGACAGAAAAGCACGCAUUGCACGGUGUUCAAAGGAAGUUUGUACUGAAAUAAUGAGUCUAUUUCUGGAAGAUGAGAUCUUCCAGAAUGCUAAGGAAACCCUGCAGGAACUUCAGUGCUUUUGCAAAUACUUACAAAGAUGGAGGGAAGCUGUUGCAGCUCGGAAGAAACUGAGGCAUCAGAUGAGAGCAUUCCCAGCAGCCCCAUGUUGUGUAGAUCCAAAAGAUAAAUUGAAAGCACUGUCACCGAGUGCAGAAUGUCCUAUUGCCAGAGAGCACCUGGCUAAAAGGAUUGUAAAUUUGGGACAUGCAGGGAACAUUGGCACCUCCUGUCUUAGGCUUGGAUGGCUACGGAAUAAGACAAUCCAUCAAAUGAAAGUACAGCAUUUUUAUCAGCAAUUGUUACGGGAUGUGGUGUGGACUCCACUGGAUCUGCCAUCAUUGGUUGCUGAAAACAUACCAGUGCAACAAAAAAAUAUAUUUUGGAAAGUACUUUUGGUGUUGCCAAGCUAUGAGAAAUACCCAAUUGACGACCCCAGCAGAAUUCUAGCAGAUUGGUUGAAAACUAAGUUUGCAGUUGAUAAAAAUUUGAAGGAAGCAACAUCUGCGGUGAAUGGUGGAAUUGAAACACUCGCAUUACAUACCUCUCUUUGUACACAAGGAAAUCAAGAUAUUCAUGUCAGCACAUGUAUAAAGAUGACCCAUGGGACACUCAGCACUUCAGAGACCGAAGACCCAGGGACCCAGAAAAAGCUUCUUGGAACUAGUGGGCUUAUUCUUUUGCUCUCUCCUCGAGUAAGAAGUGAUGAUGUGGCAGAGGAAGACAUUUAUUGGCUUUCAGCCUUGCUUCAGUUGAAACGGCUUCUUCAAGCAAAACCUUUUCGACCAGUUGUACCUCUGGUGGUUCUUGUCCCAAGUCAUGGAGAUGAGGCCACAGAAAAGGAAGUUGAGGAAGGAUUGAUGCUGCCAGAUUUGAUUUCGGCUAACCUUAUUUCAAGCUACAAUGUUGUUGAAAUACCGGAUUCUGUGAAUGACUUGCAAGGCACCAAAAAGCUAUCUGAAGCAGUACGGUGGCUGGUUGCUCAGUACCCUAGCUCUGGCAAGCUUUGCUGCCAGACACUCACACAGUAUGUGGAAGAUGGCCUUGAACUUCUCUUCAGCCAGCAGUUCUACCAAGACAGGAAGGAAAGACAUAUGGCGGGCUUGCAAUCCCAAGACCCUAGUGCCAUAAUAGAGCUGUACAACAGUGCGGUACAGUUCUUGGCAGAGGUUGUCUCUUCAGAAGAUCUCUUUGAACUCUCCUGGCCUGUAUCUGAAUUUGCAGAGCCUGGGGGUAGCAAGCUGCUUCCGCAUCUCCAAUGGAACAUCCCCAACCAUUUGGCUUGGCUGAAGAAAGCUGUGCUGUCCUUCCAGAUCCCACACAUGGAUCUUCCUCCUUUGGGUGCUCCCUGGCACCCUGUUUGUGCUAUGAUCUUCCAGUAUUUGUCCCAGACUGCCAGUUCUCCUCAGACCCAGGAGAUACUUCAGUCUCAAAUAGAAAAUUUGUUGAGCAGAACUUACCUCGAGUGGAAGGACAAAAGGUCUGUGAGUUCAAGAGAAGAUGGCCCUUCUGUAGAAGAGAUUCCUUGGGACAGUGUGUUGGCACUUUGCAUUAACCAUAAAUUGAGAGACUGGAAACCUCCUUGCCUACCAAUAGCACCAGAAGCAGUGAAUGAAGAUGGACAGAUAUAUGUAUAUUUCUUUAAGGAACAUUUGAGAAAAUUCACUUGUCCUUUCUUAUGGGAAGAAGCUAGUUUAAAAACUCAGAAAAUGAUCCAAGAAAGUCAGGGAAGUUCCAAAAUAAAAGCUACAUCUUUUGUAAAGCUAUAUCCACCUUCAUUAUGUCCAACUGAAGAUUGUGCCAGUGAGGAAAUUACAAGGAACACAGAAUUGACUAUUCCCAGUGGAGCAGACCUAACAGUGGCUGUUUCAGAAGUGGAUGUUCUCCCUGAGUUACUUUCUGCUAAGCUGCAAGAGGAGAAAGCAGAGAGCAGAAGGUUUGAUGAUCAGCUGCAGCAGUUGCUAAUCAAUGACUCUCAGUUAUUCCAGGAUUCUCCAUCUCUUCCUCUUUACCUUCCUGAAACGCUCGUGCAUGUGCCUCAAAUAAUCCAUCCACUUGCCAAAAUGUCAACAUCAAGAAGCCCAGAGCCUGGAAAUAAAGAACUGAAGGACCCAGAUACCUCUCUGUCUCACAGACUUAAAUAUUUGAAACAACUGAUAAUGGCAAACAGAGAAGAAGAAAUGGCUUGUGAACUCCACCUGUCUACAUUGCUAGAUGUGAUUGAUACGUGAUCAUGCUUAAUCUAAACGUGUAAGAAAGCUCAAAAAACUCACAUUGGAUCACAAAGAUAUGUGAAUAAUCUGGAUGGAAAUCCAUGUAAGAACAACAAGGACUUCUGUGAAUGAAGUUUUCUGUGACUCCAUUUGAUAAUACUUCUUUGUGAUUGUAUCAUACUGUUAACAGCUCCCCAGUGUUGAAUUUUGUGCUCUAAUUUUGGCCACUUUCCUGUGUGCACUUAACCUGGGAGUAACCCUUAUUUAAUUCAGUAGGAUUUACUUUCAGAUGAGCCUGUGUUUGUACUGAAUGUCGUUGUUUGUACUGAAUUUCACAACUUCGAAGAGUUGGCAGUCUGUGAUUUGUCAUGAAAUAAAAUGGAAAAAAAUGA